GCCAAGAUGGCGCAUAACCUGGCGAAGUUGGACGUUCCCCUGGACGCUGACCGAGCCGGGGACCCAGAGAAAGGUGUUUUGAGGCGCUGCAGGGGACGACCCAGGCUCACGGACACCGACCGAGCACAGAGGCGACUUGAAUCCCGGAAGAAGUACGACGUGAGGAGGGUGUACCUGGGAGAGUCGCACAAGCUGUGGAGUGAGCUCCGCAGGAGGACCAGCCUGAGUGAUGCUGGGCUGGCAGAGUACCUGAUCCUGCUCAACUCCACCUAUGGAGAGAAGUACCAGCAGAAGUACUGCGGGAAGAAGAUUGCUCCAGAAGUCUCAGUGAAACAGAAAAAAGGCAGGAAGGAGCGUGUGUCCAGCCUCCAGAGCCUGGUGUGUUGGUACCAGGAGCAUUCCCGCUCCUGCCCUCACGAGCCCCAGCUCAGAGCCCUGGAGCCGCAGCCCAACUUCUCCACUGCUGCUAUCUGGCAGUGUGACUCUGAUCACUCAUUUGUGCAAUACCUUUCAUCACCACCGAAGGAGACGAGUGACUCUGAACAUGAGGAAGGAGUGAACGGAGAGGGCGAUGAACAGAGUGCAGGGAAAACAGACGUGGCUGUGACAAAAGGUGCAGUGAGCAGGAAGAGAAGAAAGGAGGCUCACAAACAGUUCAAAGAUGUGGGAGAAAAUGUGGAUGUUUCUGAGGUACAGCAUACAACCGUGAGUCCGAUAGAACAUGCUGCAGCUGUCGACCACCAGCCCAGUGUAGAGACCUCCAAGGAUGCUCCACUGACAGGACAGCCUGUGUGGGAGAUGGAGAUGGUCAUGGAGCGACAGCAAGGCUCCCCCGCUGCAGCAUUUCACUCCAUCCCCUCAGAGGAGGAGGCUGAGGACCUGCGGCAAGGCAGAGACGGAGAAGGAGACAGAGAAGAAGAGAUCAGGACUGUACCGCACGGAUACGAGUGUGUUACAGUGACGGCAUCAUUAACUGAUAAACUGGAGAAGACGGAUGAGGACUCGGUGCUGUCGCAGAGCUUGAGCCACUCAGUCGGACUGGGAGCUCAGCCGGAGCUGUCGGUCCCGCCGCCCAUGCAGGUGCAAGAGCAGAGCGAGCUGUUUGACCCGCAGACUCUGCAGACGGUGGUGACCAGCUGUGAGAUUCCUGACCAGAGGACCGCUUUGGAAGGCUCACAGUUAAUCAUCAUCACUGGCCCCAGCUAUGAGGCUCUGGCGUCAGAAGGCAUCCAGCUCAACAUGGGCGGCGGAAACGUGGAGGAAGUCACCUGCACUGUCAUCGGGGGGGUCACCUACAACCAGGUUUGCACAUCUGACUCAAAACUCAGAACAGCGGAGGAUGAAGACUCCAUGACAGGUUUGAGCGACAAGCAGCUGCUGCAGCCCGCUGUUGAUGCUUUGGAGCUGAGUAGUGACAGAGAGCUGCAGCGAGGUCUCAGCAGCGUCAGGUCAAAGAGGAACCGGCGAGGCCCAGUCAUCGAGGCAGACGGGAUGCUCAAGAUGUUCCACUGUCCCUACGAGGGCUGCAGUCAAGUCUAUGUCGCCAUCAGCAGCUUCCAGAAUCACGUCAACCUGGUUCACAGGAAAGGGAGGACGAAGGUUUGCCCCCAUCCAGGCUGCGGGAAAAAGUUCUACCUGUCGAACCACCUGCACCGCCAUAUGAUCAUUCAUUCAGGGGUCAGAGAUUUCAUCUGUGAGACGUGCGGGAAAUCGUUUAAGCGUAAGAAUCACCUGGAGGUUCACAGGCGAACACACACGGGAGAAACUCCACUGCAAUGUGAAAUCUGUGGCUACCAGUGUCGCCAGCGUGCGUCCCUGAACUGGCACAUGAAGAAGCACACUCCGGAGGCGCACUACAACUUCACCUGUGAGUUCUGUGAGAAGAGGUUCGAGAAGCUGGACAGUGUUAAAUUCCACAAGCUAAAGAGCCACCCGGACAAACAGGCAACCUGAGGCGCUCAGACACCAGGUGAUUGGAGUUUAACACGCACAGGUCGGCCCUCGGAAACCAGAGGAAGACUUCCAGUGAAGAGACUGACUUUCCUUUGCUGCGUUUGUCUGACCUCACGUCCAGGAUGGUGUGAGCGUCACCUGUGAGCACACAAGCAGUGGACGCAGCGGGCCGGUCUAACAGCUGUGCAGGACACAGGCUGUUUCAGAGUUCAGGGCCCAAACAUGGGGUUUGAACAUAUUUGGUAGAGUCAGGAAAAAAGCUUGAUUAACAGUUUAUUAAAAAUGGUUAAUUGACUGUUUGCUAAAGCCCCCGCCCCAAACAGCUCGUAGCUUAACUACCAUAACUAUGCACAGCAGAGGUGGGCAUGGCUGCAGCUAGAGAGAUAUAUGAAGUAUAUAAGGAUUCUGACUAAUUUACAAAAUCACCAGAGCAAAAGUGUGAAAGGAAUGGAUCAAACUGAGUGUUUAUCUGCUCUAACAUAAGCUGCAAACAUUAGCAUGGCCAACUGGCUUACUCCCUACAACACUAACUCGUCAUUACUUUCUUUAAAAGUAAAAUCCACUCAUUGAAAAUGCAAAUACAAUUAAAGCAUAAAUCUAACCACUGUCUUGCUCAUCUGAGAGUGUUAGCUAAGUUGCUAAUGUUAAAGGUAGAGUUAGUAAUAUUUUGGUGGUUUGAGUUGAAGGUGUGAGAAAGAAUAGUAUCAGUAACAUUGUUAACACUGUGCUA